CUUGAUCUAGAGGAGCUGGCGAGGUGCUGAGGGAAAAGCAGUUGGGUUCUCAAAUAAGCAGUGGUCAUCACCAUGGACACCAGUCCGGACCGGUCCUUCUCCUCCGGCAAUCACUGGCUCUCCUUCUCCGUGUACCUCUUCACCUUCCUCGUGGGGCUCCCCCUCAACCUGGCGGCCUUGGUGAUCUUCGUGGGCAAGCUGCGGCGCCGUCCGGUGGCCGUGGAAGUGCUCUUGCUCAACCUGACGCUCUCGGACUUGCUUCUGCUGCUCUUCCUGCCCUUCCGCAUGGUGGAGGCGGCCAGUGGCAUGCGCUGGCCCCUGCCCUUCAUCUUCUGCCCCCUCUCCGGAUCCGUCUUCUUCACCACCCUCUAUCUCACUUCCCUCUUCCUGGCGGCUGUAAGCAUCGAGCGCUUCCUGAGCGUGGCCUACCCGCUGUGGUACAAGGCCCGCCCAAGGCCUGGACAGGCUGGCCUGGUCAGUGGGGCCUGCUGGCUCCUGGCUGCCGCUCACUGCAGUGUGGUCUAUGUGAUGGAAUUCUCCGGGAAGGCCAAGAACAACGGCACCUGCUACCUGGAAUUCCAGAAGGACCAGCUGGCUAUUCUCCUGCCCGUCCGGCUGGAGAUGGCUGUGGUCCUUUUUGGGGUGCCCCUGCUCAUCACCAUCUACUGCUACAGCCACCUGGUGUGGGUGCUCAGCAAAGGCACCAACCACCGGCGGCGGAGGAGGGUGGUUGGGCUGGUGGCAACCACUUUGCUCAACUUCCUUGUCUGCUUUGGGCCCUACAACGUGUCGCACAUCGUGGGCUACAUCCAGGGUGAGAGCCCGGCGUGGAGAAGCUACGUGCUGCUCCUCAGCACCUUGAACUCCUGCGUGGAUCCGCUUGUCUACUACUUUUCAUCCUCUGGAUUUCAGGCUGACUUUCAGGGGCUGCUGCGGAGGCUGACAGGGGCCUGGAGCCCUUGGAGGCAAGAAGACAGCGUGCAACUGAAGGAGAAGAAUGAGGAGGCGGGCAGCCGGGGGAGCUGUCCAACGUAGAGGACAGGAGGGAGACUCCUGGAGGGCUUGGAGCGGGCUGUCCAGUGGCCUGGAGCAGGACUGGGGGGCAGGGGGCUGGGGACUGGCGGGACUGAGCACAAGGAUGGGCUCACCCAAGCCCGGCUCUCAAUCUCACCCAACUGCCUUCGCUUCCCAUCCCCCGCCCCCACUCCCCGCUGUGGAUUCAGCCCUGGGAAAUAGGAGGGGGGCGGGCACCAGAGAAGCUGGAGCUCCGGGCCAGCUCCUGGGCUUUCUUUAAGGUAAGGGAGGAGUCAACAGCAGUGAUGAGGGCCUGAGAGAGCUGCCAGGCGGCGGAAGAAGCCACCCUUCAGAGCUGCUCCUACCAGGCAGGUCGAGAGUGGGGACACAGGACCCCAGGCUUGACGGAGCAUCCUGCUCUCACGUGAACUUUUCCAGAAAGUUUCCAUUGUUUGAUAAAUUCACACUUUUAGGGACAUUCAUGAAAAAUGAUGGUAGAAAAAUUACCAAUAAAUUUGGUAGCAAGCAAAA